AUGCACCACCAGCAGCAGCGCUGUCUUUUGCUGGCCCUCGGGACCUGGGCCCUGCUCCUUCAGGCGGCCAAUUUCGUGGACGUGGUCCAAACUGCGUCGAUUUAUUCGCCGGAUUUCAACCAAAGCAGUGAUCACUUCCUCGCCCAGCAACGAUCGUGCCGUGAUCUGUGCAGCUUCUGCCCGACCUGCAACGGGUUCUACUGCGGCGAGGAGUGUAUCUGCGAGUGCAGUCAGGAACCGUCGGAGCAUGCCAAGUGUAUCGACCAGAUCCGGGCCAACAGUGAGAAGCUGGGCCUAGUGUACGAUCUGUUCAUUCAGCUACCCCAGAAACGGUCCACCCGGGCCCGGUUCGGCCGGCGCGCCAAGUCUGCGGAGGCGAACGACGAAAUCGAAACCGGGCAGGGCGGAGGCUUUCGCAAGAUUCUGUUCUCAAACUUUGCCACGAAAGACCAGAACUCGGAGACUCGACCAGAGCAGUUGGAUCUGGAGGAUGACUUUCAGUACGACGAUCGGACGUAA